CUGGGCAGACCUCGGGAGCCACCGGAGGACGAGGACCAGCCCGAGCGGGCGCGGGGACCAUGGUCACUCUGGGCUAGGGCGCCACCACGGGCGCCUGGUCACCGUGUGGGCUGUGCCUAGAACACAGCGAGGUGAGCUUUACUUUCUCAAGCUUCAACCCUUCUUGGAGAGAACUGGCAAGAGGAAAGAGGACUAAGGUGUAAUCACUAAGUCCCAGCAGGGUCCAGGCCCUGCACAUGUGGACUGUGUUCCUGUGGAUCAUGACUGCUUUUGCAGUUCCUGCGACUAUCCUCACAUACCCACACAGAUUGGUUGCAGCCAGAAGCUUGCUCUGAGAAGACUGUUGAGCUCUUGGUCCUUGAGCAGUACCUGACCAUCCUGUUGGAAAAGAUCAAGCACUGGGUACAAGCAAAAAAGCCAGAGAGUUGUGAGAGGCUUGUUACUCUGCUGGAAAAUUUCAAGAUGCAUGAACCCGAAGAUGACAGCAGCAGCGAUGUCCCUGGUGAAGACAGUAUGAAUCGGAGGGUUCCAGAGUCCCUGCCACCACGCUCCAUGUACUCUCUCUGCAGUGACCGGUAUCGAAACCGAAGCCGGGAUCGGGACUGGGACCAAGAAUGGGACCGAAACCAGGACUGGAAUCGGGAGUGGGAGUGGGAGCAGGACCGAAGGGGCAGAAGCAGAAACCUGGAGCCUCGAGACCACUGGCACCACCCCAGGCUCCCCCGAGGCAGACUUCCUCAGCAGGACCUUCCCCUCCCUAUGGAGAGAGCACUGCCACACAGGGAACUGGUGGAGGACAAGGACGAGGUGACACCUCAGGUACGCUCCGCCUUCACUCUGCCUGGGAAGGCCUCUUUCAUUUCAUAGCAGAGGUGCCUUAGUUUCUCCACUUCAUCCACACCCAUGGCCUGGGGCCUGUCUGCUGCCCAUUUGUGUCCAUCCAUGUAGUGGAACCCCAAGACCUGGAAUGGUAUGCCUCGCCCCCAGCCGGCAGGAGUAAAACAGUCCUCUGUUGUGUGAAAGCUGACAUGAGCUUGGUUGGGGUGAAGCCAGCCCAGCUGUCUGCUCACUGUGUGACUUCAGACCAUUUCCUUAACGAAGCUGAGCUUCGGCUUCCUCAUCUCUAAAAUGGGGGAACUGCCGUGGGGAGUGACAUAGAAUAGGAAGCAGGUAUCCUUCCAGUGGCUGCACAGGGAACACCCCACAAAUGAUCACUGUUAGGAGGCAGUAGCACUGGCGGAAAUGAUUAGGAAUGAAGGAUGUAGGGUUUGAACUGAUCCUGAGGACAGGGUGGAGGCCCACGUGUAAGCUUGCAUCUCCCAAGAAUUUAGGCCUUGCCGGGUCAGUCUGGGGACAUGGGGACCUAGACAGUUCACAUCCUGGCUCAGGGAAACUUUCAGUUUUUCAACAGAGAAGGGCAUUUGGCAUUGGCACAAGUACUCUUCACAUAAGUAUCACUUAUAAUUGUAAUUAUUCACACUACUUUCAAGGAAAAAAAUCAAAGGUGUUAUGAAAUUCUCCCAGAGCUGUUGAUACUCUCAGCACUAUCUCAGAGGCACCUUCGACAUCUGAGAGAUGGGAGGAAGAUGUGGCGUGGCACUCGGUGGUGAGGGACCCCUGGCCUCUCCACAGUCUAGACAGAGGCCCUGGGCAGAACCAUAACAUUGCCCAGAUUGUCAAGAGGUUUGUAACAGGCCAGAAAUAUGGUCCUGCUGUUGGUGUUCUGUCAGCUGAGCAGAGCUCAGGCCUGUCCCCAGUGCUCCUAGAUAGGAAUAAAGGUGAUUCCCGAGGUGGGGCAGGGAGUGGGGAGGAGUGUAGUGGUGGUGAAAUGAGGUUUGAAUUCUACCUUGAAAACCAUUGCUUGUUCUCUGUCCCAGAGGCAAUCAAGAACCCUGAGUAAGCAGAAGUGUGUGGAUCUUAUUGAAAGCGGAGCUUCUGCCAGUCAUACUGAAAAGGGUUCAGGCUAGAGAAGGAAGGAGGGUCAGGAGUGUCCAGUAUCCUGCCCAAAUGUGGGGAAUGUCAUUGUCUCAGGGAAUCUCCAUAAGUUCAUGGCACACUUUUUAUUAUUAUUAAGAUAUCUUGAGGAAACCAAACUGACCAAAAUUUUAGAAAUAGAGAUAAAAAUAUUAAGUUUGUAGAAGCUUUCAAAACUUGAAUUUAAAAAUAUGAAGUUCUUCAAUAUGUAUUUACUCACUCCCUCACAGUGGGCAGUGUUGGUGAUGAUUUUCAAAUAUAGGCCUAUUAGUCAGGGAUGCAAUUUCCCUGCUCUGUGGGGAAAUGAGAAGUGCCAGCUUCUUGUUUUGGGGGGUAUUAGACAACUUUCUGUCUAAUGUGGUGAAGGUUCUAGGCAUGAAUCUGUGGAGUUCAGAGGCUGGAAGGAAUACAAGCAUCCUCAGCUUGGUUAAGCACUAGCAGGAAACAGGAAAUGCAUAAGGGGUUCCACAGAAGAGAAAAUUCUCCUAGUCUUUUGGUGGGACAUGAGAGCAUACUACUUACUACUAACAGCAGAAUGGAAGGGCAAGGCUGCAGGGGAUUGAAGAUCAGACCCAGGACCUCAUCCCUACAAGACACGUACCCUGAGCCUCAUUACAGUGUAGUGAACUUUGGCUUGGGGGAAAUCUAUUUGCAUAGUAUUGCUGGACUUUAAUCAGCAUCACUUUUCUUUCUCUAGAACAUCGUAAUUAAGCAUUGAAUGCACACUUAUUUUCCAGAGAUGAGGCAGAUGGAGAUAAAGGUUGAAAAGUACCUCUUCCCUUUGGCAAGGCCUGUGGGAUUGUUGACACCAGAGAUGGUGUCCCGUGUCUGCUCUCUUACUCCUCAGUGAGGAACUCCAGUUCCCUCUAUCUCCAACUGCAGAGGCAUUUUCUCCUUGUCCUUUUCUUUGCUGUCACGAGCUCCUGACACAACAAAAACACAGGAGGCAUGGUGAGAAACCGGAGUCCCACCUGACAUCCAUGGGUGGAGACCAUCCCACUGUGGGAGUUGGGUGAGCCCCAACCUGUGCUUCUUGGGCUUUUUAGAGCUAAUGUUACCCUAAGACUUCUCAGCUUUGCCUGGAAAGAGGUUAGUUUGUUGAGCCUAUUUACUUUCUUAUCAUAAUUUUUUUGAGCCACACCCAGCAGUGCUCAAGGCUUACUCUUAUGUCUGCACUCAGAGAUCACUCCUGGUGGGGCUCACAGUACCUCUGUGUAGUAUUGGGAAUUGAACCUGGGCUAGCUGCGUGCAAAGCAAGUGCUAUUCCCACUGUGCUAUAUCUCCAGCUCCUGAAAUGCUUGCUUUUGGUGGUAUUUUCUCUUGUCUCUUUGUUGGCAGAUACUCAGCAAGGCUUUCCUCUUAAAUCUCAGCACCAUUAGUUUCUCCCAUGAAGUGGAUGUGGGUCUUGGCAAACCCUUUUCCUAUGGCUCUGGGAGGGACUUCCAGCAGUAGAGCUUUAGUAAAGUUAGUAUUGAAAAGUCUUUAUGUCAUAAUUUUGAAAUAGAAGGUGCAGCUUCUAUGUUUACAGAAAACUUGGCAGAAAAUCCUCACCCACAGAAUUACAAGGCAGGCUGAUGCUCAUCUUUCUAUUUUACAGAUGAAUAGCCUGAGGUUCACAAAGCUUUCUAUCCCCAAGGGGUACAGCUCACACAUGGUGCAGUCUCUCUGGGGUGCUUGAGUUUUCUCAGGCUCCCUCACUGUCUCCCUUCUUGAAUCUGUCUCUAGGCCUCGUGCUGUACUAGUAGGACUCCAACUCUCCCAAACAUCAAUGCUCUAGAGCAGAGAGAGAGAGAGAGAGAGAGAGAGAGAGAGAGAGAGAGCGCACUCCUGAAUCAUGGUAGAGUGUGACUUGGUGCUGACCUUAGAGAGCCCAGCUGCAGCCCUAUUGUCUUGGACGCUGUGAGAACAGAGAGAAGCCUUGGGACUUGUUUUCUGCCAUUGUCCUCUGCCCCUUGCAUGUACCCUGCAGAGUGGAAAGUAUCCACAGAUACCCCCCACCACCCUAGGUCAAAGCUUUGCACUGCAGUUUCCACCCAAACCCUUCUCAGACCCUUUGCUCCCUUUUGCAGCUCAGCCUAAUCACCACUGGUUCUCUGUACCCCACUUAUUGUUUAUUGUUCUCUAAUCAUUUCAUGAGUCUUUUCUCUCCACCCAAAUUAUAAGCUGCAUGAGGGCAAGGAAUAUGUGUCAUGCGUCUUUUGGAUCUUCCUCAGAGUAUAGCGCCAAGGACAUGGAUGCCAUGUCAAACCAGGAUGAUGUGGACCUGGCUGAGGAUAGGGAGCCUCAGAACCCAAUCCAGGACAACAUGGAGAACUACAGGAAGCUUCUCUCUCUGGGGGUCCAGCUUGCUGAAAAUGAUGGCCAUUCUUAUAUGACACAAGGCCAUUCCUCAAGGUCAAAGAGAAGUGCCUAUCCCAGCACCAGCCGAGGUCUGAAAACUGUGUCUGAAGCCAAAAAGGCAACCCAUCGGCGGGGAAUUUGUGAAGAUGAAUCUUCCCAUGGGGUGAUCAUGGAGAAGUUCAUCAAGGACGUCUCCCGUAGCUCCAAAGCUGGAAGGGCCAGGGAUUCUAACGAUCGUUCACAGAGAUGUCCCAGGCGGCCAGAGAACGUCUGGAAAGGCCUUUCAUUCACCAAGCGGGGGUCUGUGAUUCGGGAGAGGGGUUAUGAGGCAAAUGCCUCUGGGGGGGUAGGUUUUCAUUUGAACUCAACUCUUGUUUCCAAAAAGAGAGUUACUGAGAGAAAAAGGCGCUAUCAGUGUGACACAGAGGGGCAGGGCUCCACUCAUGAUCAGAAAGGCUAUGCCAGGAAGAGACCCUUUGAAUGUGGUGAAAUGAGAAAAGCCAUGAGUCUGGGCAGCCUUAGCUCCCCCUCCUUCACUGAGUCUCAGCCAGUUGAUUUCACAGUGAUGCCCUAUGUGUGUGAUGAGUGUGGGAGGUGUUUCAGUGUGAUUUCAGAAUUUGUCGAACAUCAGAUCAUGCAUACGAGAGAAAAUCUCUAUGAGUAUGGUGAAUCCUUUAUUCACAGUGUGGCUGUCAGUGAAGUCCAGAAAAGGCAGGCUGGUGGGAAAUGCUUUGAAUGCAAGGAGUGUGGGGAGACCUUUAGCAAGAGUACUACUCUUGCUGAACAUCGGGAAAUUCAUGCUAGAGAGCAUCUUGCUAACUGUAAAGAUGAGGAGUAUGAGGAGCCCUUCAUGCCUAGCCCCACCUUCAGUGAGCUUCAGAAAAUGUAUGGGAAAGACAAAUUCUAUGAAUGCAAGGUAUGUAAAGAAACCUUCCUUCAUAGCUCUGCCCUGAUAGAGCACCAGAAAAUCCAUGGCAGAGGGAAUUUCUCUGAUGUCAAAGAUAACGAGCGCAGGGAAAUCUUUAAGCCUAGCACCAGCCUUCAUGAGCUUCAGAAAAUGUACGGUAAAGAGAAACUGUAUGAAUGCCAGGUAUGUGCAGAGGCCUUCCAUCACAGUGCAUCCUUGAAAGAGCACCAGAAGAUCCAUAUUCGAGGAAAGUCCUUUGAAAAUAAGGGCAAAGUGUGUGAGAAAACCUUCAUUCCUGGUCAGAAGAGGCAUCAGAAAACUUUCUCAAGAGAUAAGUUCUAUGGCUUUAAAGAUGAUGGAAAUGCCUUUAUGCCAAGCUCCAACCUCAGUGAGCACCUGAAAAUUCUUUCUCGCAAGAACCUCUAUGAAGGUAGGAGCUAUGAGAAAUCUGUGAUUCGUAAUUUGCCCUUCACUGAAUCUCAGAAGAGUCAUACUAUUACACGACCACCCGAACAUGAGGAGGAAGAGAAGGCUUUCACCAUCAGUUCUAACCCUGAUGAAAGCCAGAAAUUUCCCAUGAAAGAAAAGAUCUAUGAGAGGAAACCCUAUGAAAGGUCUGUUAUUCAUAGUUUAGCCUUUGCCGAAGCUCAAAAAAGUCACAGUGCUGGGAGCCCCAGUAGGCCAAAAGCUAUGGCAGAGUCUACCAUUCAGAGUGCAGAUGUAGCUGAGCACCAGAAAGUCUAUGCUGGAGAGAAUCCCUCUGAAAGAAAGACAUCUGAGAGGUCGGUUAUCCAUAGCUUGGGAAUCUUUAAAUGGCCCAAAAAUCGCAAUGGAAAUGAAUUUGUUGAACAUCAUGAGAAGGGAGAAUCCUCCAUCUAUGUCUCAGACUUUAAUGAUAAGCAACAGAAAACUCUCAGAGAAAGCCCCAAUGAAGGAAGUAAGAGUAACAACUACAAAGGUUCUGUAAUACACAGUGUAUCCCAUGUCAAAUCUCAGAAAACUCUUGCUGGAGAGGGGUCCAGUGAGUUUAAGACUGAUGGAGAAUUGCCUGUUUCCAUCUCAAAUAUCUGUGAACAUCAGAAGGCACGUGCUAAAAAGAAAAACAUCGAAUGUAAGAACUAUGAGAUCUCUGUAAUCCAGUCCCUUUGUUUUGGUGAACUAGGAGCAAUUCACCCUAGAGAGAAAUUCUAUAAGUGUCAGGUGUGUGGGGAAUCCUUUGUCCAUAGCACUGACCUUACCGAGCAUCAGAAGAUUCAUGAUAGAAGGAAGCCCUCUGGAAUGAAAAACUAUGAACGAUCUGUUAUCUGCAGCUUAGCCUCUACCAGCCUGCAGACAAAUUACACUGAGACCCAAGCACAGAUAAGAUGUUCCAAAAAGCCAGUGAGGCUGAGGUGUGCAGAGCAGCCAGUGCAGAUGAGGUUUGCGGAAGCACCGGCACAGUCGAGGUGUGCAGAGCAGCCAGAGCAGUCAAGGUGUGCAAAAGUACAAGCACGUGCAAGUUGUGUAAGGAAACCAGUGCACAGCAAGUGCAGAGAGUGUGGAGAAUGCUUUGCUACCAUACGAGACCUUGGUGCACACCAGAAAAUAUAUGCCCAAGAGAAAGUUCACAGGAAAAAGCUGUUUGGAGACGCUGUUAAUCGGGGUACCUGCUAUGAUGGGUCUCGACAGAAAGAGCCUCAGCAAAAACAGCCACAACAGGAGGAGUUGUCGGAAGAUGAAGAAGAGGAGGAGGCGGAUGAUUCAGUCUACAGUUGUAAGGACUGUGGGCUGAGUUUUGCAGAUCAGGCAGACCUUAACGAUCAUCAGAAUGUUCAGAGACAUUAUCUCAUUAAUACUUGUAAGUACAAGCAAUCUGUAAUUCACACCAAUUCUAUCAGUGAAUAUCAGCAAGAUUCCAUUGGAGAGCAGCUGUAUGAAUGCCCAGCUUGUGGAGAAUCUUUUGUUCAUAAGUCAUUCCUUUUUGAGCAUCAGAGAAUCCAUGAGCAAGAUCAAUUUUAUAGUCAAGGAAGAUAUGAUGAAUCUUUCAUGCCACCCUUGAUCAUUAACCCACAGAGACCUCAUGCCCCACAGAAGAAUCCUGCAGGGAUGUUCCUUCAGUGCCAGGUAUGUGGACAAGAUUUUGUUCAUUUCUCUGUCCUUAGUGAACAUAUGAGAACUCAUGAGGGAGAGAAUUUUCUGGAGCAGGGUGAGAGAAGGGAAGAAGCUAUUGUCCCAGGCCUAGCCCUCCCUCGGUUUCAGAGAAGUCAGACUAAGGAAAGACAGUAUGAGUGUAAAGCAUGUGGAGAAUUGAUCCUUAGUCAUUCAGACCUGAGGGAGCACUUGAGAGUUCAUGAGAGAGAUGAGCUCUAUGAUUAUGGGGUCUCCUUUGUUUAUACCUCAUUUCUCACUGAGCCCCCCAAAAGAGAUUUGCCAUUCUAUGAAUGCAAGGACUGUUGCAAGUCCUUUAUUCACAAUACAGUCCUCACCAAACAUCAGAAGCUUCAUAAAGAAUCCCAGGAUGUAAAAACAGAUAUGUUGCUUCCACGAGUAGAUCUGCAGAUUCGGGGGUCAAAUGUAGAGAUUGCAGAGCAGGAAGUAAAGGCUGAUAAACCCAAUGGAGAAGCUGAAGGACUUGAUGGAGAGGCUGCAGAACCGAACAGAGAAGCUGAACAGCCUGGUGGAAAGGUGGAACAACCCAGGGGGGAUGCAAAUGAGCCAGAUGGUGCUGGGAUUGAAGACCCAGAAAAAAGAGCUGAAGAGCCAGAGGAAGAUGUGGAUGAACCAGAUAGUGCUGGAAUUGAAGACCCAGAGGAAGAAGAUGAAGAUGAAGAGAUUGAGAUAGAAGAGCCCUCCUAUGACUGUAGGGAAUGUGGAGAAACCUUCACUGACAACUCAGCCCAUCGUGAGCAUCUGACAGCCCGCGCCAGGGUGAUAGUGUGUGAGGCUGGAAGUACCUAUGGGGAAAGCUCAUGCUAUGCUGCAUCUGCUGUCAGCACCAGCACCGGGACUGGCGACAACAAGCACUUCAAUUGUGAUGUCUGCGGACAGCUUUUCGGUGACCAUUUGUCCCUUGCUAGACACCAGAAUACUCAUAUUGGCUGAGAACACAAGGAGAAAAUGAGCGAAGCUUCCCUUAGAACUGGACCCUUACAAAACCAUGGAGAAUUUAAACUAUCCCAUAAUAGUGCCCAUGUAUAUACCCAACCCCUCAGACUGAAAAGAACCUCCAGGUGCAACUCCUUCCAUUUUUGCUCUCCCCACUGGGCUCCAGUGUAUGUGUGUGGGAAAGCCAUAGCACCGACUCCCCCCACUGACCCUCCCACACACUCUGAGGGAGACCCUGGGAGGUCAAGACUAGAGACUGAUCAUCAACUGUAGACACUUCAUAUACUUGUCAGUAGCCUAGACCCAAUGUUUCCUGAGAUGUACAUAGCAAAGUUUAGCCAAUAGUAAUCACAUGUUUAGAUUGAAUAUGCUGUAUAGUUCCUAGUUCACUGUGCAGAGGUACCUUACCUGGCACUAGUUUUUUUUUGUUGUUGUUGUUGAUUUUUGAGGAGGCAGAGAGCAACAAUUAGAAUAUAUUUAUAAGCAUUUUUAGAUAGCACUUUUAGAUAGUUAUUCGAACCAUCUAUCAUUUUGAGAAGUGUGUAUUAUUCCUUAAUCUUAAAAUAUUCAUGUAAAGGUAUAGGCAUAGAAGGUACAAAGAGUUAAAAAAUAAUUUGCUGUUUGAAAAGAAGAGUACUUUAAGCUUCCUUUCAGACAUUUGGACUAUAUCAACACUUUGGAACCUCAUGUUGUAUCAGCCUUUACAAUAUUCCAUUAGCCUUUGUGACCCAAAUUGAAUAGUUGCCACAUUGUAGCUUGCAAAUUCUUACUAGAAAUAUUAUAAGUUUUGUUAUAUUUUAAGCCUUCUAGUUGUGUGUGCAGUAGUGAAUUCCCCAAAGCAGAACCUUUUCCCUCUAAAUCUUAGGUUUUUCCCUUUAUAGAGAGUGGGUUUCAUCCAUCACUAGAUCACUGGAGUGCCUAAUGGAGGUUGGGAACCGUCAGGAGAGGUUGUUAUGUGUGAAUAAGGAUGCAGGCUAAGGAAUUGAAUCAUUUCAGUGUGCAUGCACAUGCUGCCUUAGGUGACAGUACAGUGUGGCUGUGUUCAUAUGUACUGCCGUAGAUCACUGCACUUAGGCGCCAGGAGCUCAUAUCCUUCGCGCUUUCUGCCACAGAACAGAUUCUUGGCAUCACUUGGCUGACCCUCUAGCUAGUAGGUUUUUUUUUAAUCUAAAAAAUGCUUUCUUGGGGCUGGAGAGAUAGCACAGCGGGUAGGGCGUUUGCCUUGCACGCGGCCGACCCGGGUUCAAAUCCCAGCAUCCCAUAUGGUCCCCUGAGCACGGCCGGGGUGAUUCCUGAGUACAGAGCCAGGGGUAUCCCCUGUGCAUCGCCAGGUGUGACCCAAAAAGCAAAAAAAAAAAUAAAAUAAAAUAAAAUAAAAUAAAAAAUGCUUUCUUUUUAGUCACCCCAAGCUUAACAUGGACUCAGGUUCCCCAGCAGCCUUAAUUUGUUCCAUUCUCAUCUGUCCCUGGUGCCGUCAGUCUUCCCAAGUAUUUUGAGCCAUUUGUUAGUGUGUGUUUUCCUUUAACCAGAAACUGACCUCAUGGCUCGAGGCUCCUGUGUCCUGUCCUGUGUGCUACCUCUGCUUCUUUUGCUCCCCUUCCUAUUCCAUCAUAACUGUUAGGAGAUUUCUUUUGCUUUUAGUUGACUGGGAAAAAAAAAACUUAAAAAAAAAAAAGCAGAUCUGUUAUAGUGGUUGGAAGAACAGACAAUUAAAACAAGCAGAAUUAAAUCACCUGCUGGAGGAUGUAUCUUACCUUGCUACUGAGGUCAGCACAGUAAGAACCCCAGGGGGAGUGUCCACAGCAAGAAAUGCCAAUAUUUAGCAGAGAAGAUGAAUUGGAAAUGAGUAAACCAAAGAAGGGGAUACUGCUGCAUCUCGGACCAGGGGAAUGAGGAAGCAGGCGGGAUGCCAGCAGAGGGGCUGGAAGGCUAGUCUGCUGACAUGAAGCUUAGCGGGGUGUUCUUAGGUAUUUUAUACCAGUGCUUCUCAACCUUUUUCCAACUAGCCCCGCAAACACACCUUUUUUCCUGCCCCCCCAGGUUGAGAAGCACUGGUUUAGAAGAAAACCCAGUGUUUAGGUGAGGGCCAGCUGCAUAGCGAAACCCAAGGUUGGAAUGGACAGGAGAAAACAGGAGCAGUGAGGCACUUUGUCAGAGCACCCUCGGAAUGGGUACCAAUGUGCAUGCCAUCAUGGUGAGCUGGGGCUCAUGCAGUCGGGCAGUAUUCAUUGGUAGAACCUUUCUGGAGAACAACAUGCCAAAUGUCAGGGUGUCCAUUUCAACCUUAUGUUAGAAAAAAGUAAGAAUAAUUUCAAUGCCAAACAAUAAGGCAAUAAUAAAGAACUUGGAUAUCCAUGAAGUUGUAUGCAGCUGUUUAAAAGUGAUAAUUAUGAAAGGUUGUGUAAUAACAGGAGAUAUAUUUACAAAAUAUUAAGUGGAAAAAAACAGGAUUCAGAAUUAUAUUUAUACUACAAUUAUAACUGUUAAAAAUGUAUACUUAUAGUCAAAAGCUGUUGUGUUGUAGACUUAUAGUGGAGCAUUAUUUUCUUAUGUUGAAUGUUCUUUAUGAUAGUGUUACUAAAAUUUAUAAUCACAUUUCCUAUUGUGAACAUAAUUUGAAUUCAUUAGAUACUUAAAAAAUAAAGAAAACUGGAGGAAAAGAA